GAGAGAUUGGCAAAUCAGGGUCUUUUCCUCUCCACGUGGGAGGAUGGGCUGGACUAGUAUCAGGUGACUGGGCCAAAUCAUAUGACCACCCGUGCCUUCAUUAGCCCUGAAACUUGGGCUAGAUUGUGCAAAACGGAGGGAAGAAGGGAAACGUUUGUGGGCGUAGGUCUUUCCGCUCCCCUCCCGCCAGCACAAAGCAAUCCUCGCUGAGCUUGCAAUCCCCUGGCGCACGAAUGCUGGUUUCCCAGGCAUAUUAUUAAUGAUCCAGGCUGCUAUCUGUGGGGCUUGGUCCCUCCCCUGCUCGCGGGCUCCUAUCCCGGAGAGGGCUGACACAGCGUUCACGAAGCUUUCUCCACCCCCCCAUUCCCAUGAUCACAUCUUAGUCUGUUUGUGCCGGAGAAACAGCAAGGAUGGAUUUCCAAGUACUGCGGGAUUGGCAUGAAAAGUUUUCCCAAGAGCUGGACACGGUGAUGGAAUUCUGGCUACGGCAUUCCCACGACGAAGAAUAUGGGGGAUUCUUUACAUGUCUAGGCCAGGAUGGGAAAAUUUAUGAUGACCUGAAAUAUGUCUGGUUGCAAGGGCGUCAGGUAUGGACGUACAGUCGAUUGUAUCGAAAAGUGCCAAGGUUCAGGCGGCCUGAACUUCUCCAGGCAGCUCAAGCAGGUGGGGAGUUCCUGCUGCAACAUGCGCGAGUGGCCCCCCCUUCCCAGAAGUGUGCCUUUGUUUUGACUCGUGACGGACGCCCUGUGAAAAUCCAGCGCACCAUUUUCAGUGAGUGCUUCUAUGUCCUUGGGCUCGAUGAGCUUGGACGAGCAACAGGAGAAACCCGCUACCAGAAAGAGGCCCUGACCAUGAUGGAAGCCAUUGUGCGCUGGGUGAGGGAGGACCCCACUGAACUGGGUCGUCCACAGUUGGCGGGCACGAUCCCACAUGACUCGAUGGCUGUUCCUAUGAUGCUCCUGAACCUGGUGGACCAGCUGUCAGAAGGAGACGCAGAGGCUGCAGCCCGAUUCAGCGAGCUGGGGAGCUGGUCUGCCCAGCAAAUACUCAUGCAUGUUCAGAGAAAUGGUACUGCUGUUUUGGAGAAUGUCUCCGAGGAUGGCAAAGAGCUGCCAGGAUGUCUUGGAAGACAGCAGAACCCUGGUCAUGCCCUUGAAGCAGGCUGGUUCCUGCUCCGCUAUGCCCAGCGCCAGCAUGACCCAGCCCUUCUGUCUCAGACGGUGGAGACGUUUGUGAAGCAGCCGUUCUAUUCAGGCUGGGACCCUGAACAUGGGGGACUCUUUGCAUUCCAGGAUGUGGACAGGUUCUGCCCCACACAGCUAGAGUGCAAAAUGAAGCUUUGGUGGCCCCACACAGAGGCCAUGAUCGCCUUCUUGAUGGCUUUUGCAGACACUCAAGACCAAGAACUCCUAGAGCUAUUUGACCAAGUGGCUAAGUACAGUUUUGGCAAGUUCCGUGACCCAGACACAGGCGAGUGGUUUGGCUAUCUGACCCAGGAAGGCAAGGUGGCUCUCACAAUCAAAGGAGGACCAUUUAAAGGUUGUUUCCAUGUCCCUCGUGCUCUUUAUAUGUGUGAGGAAAUUCUAGAGUCACUCAUAAAGAAGAUUGAAACUACUGGAGAGUCAUAAAAUAAUUGAGUUGGAAGGGGCCAUCAAGUCCAACCCCCUGCUGAAGAAAUGGAAUGAAAUAUGGAUCUUAGCUCCUACCUUGCUUUUUUUCUGCUUCCACUCCAGAUACACUCCUGUCCAAUCAUGAUUGUUAAAAAUUAUGUGCUGCCAAGUUGAUUCUGACUUAUAGCAAUCCUUUCCAGCGUUUUUCUUGGUAUAAAGGUUUCCCCUCCUUCUGGAGAUGUCAGAGGACUCAGCUUACCUAGGGCCACAUAUGUGGCAAGGCAAAUAACCUCCUCAGCCACACAUGCUCUGGCUGAUCUUAGGGAUCCAUCUCCCUGGAGGCCAAGUGGGGGUUCAAACUUCUGGCUCCUGGCUUUACAGCCAGAGGCUCCAGCCUACGGAGUUGUAUCAGAUACUCCAAUCAGAGUGGAAAGUUUCUCAUGCCAGAUUCCAACAAGAGUCACCCAGUAAUCCUGAUCAGAGUUGAUUUGGCACAGCCAUUGUGGUCAAACCUACUGCAUUACUAUGAGGUCCUGGCUGAGCACAUCCUAUUUCACAGCUUAUAGAAAGCAGCCAGACAGAUGAAACCAUUUGGGGUGUGUGUGUGUGUGGAAGAGUUUUCUUCCUUGCCCCUGUUCUGUCCCUCGUAGUUGUUUGCUGACUAGGUGAUGUUUUGGCACCUGCACUGGAUCUGAGCAUUAGAGAAAAAAUAAGCAUAGUAAAUUCUGAAUGAAAAACCCAAUAAUU